AUCGUGAAGAGAAACAAAAAGAAGAGGAGCCCGCAUCCAGCAGCACUCCACCGCAGCUUUGAUUGAUGACAAAACGGCAAACUUCACUCUGCUGCUACUGCUACUGCUACUGCUAGUGUGUUCCUUACUACCCUCACUCUCCAAUAUCCUAAAUCAUAUACCAUCGUCUUCUAUGCACGGAAAGAGCUAGGGUUUCUUCUCCAUUCCGAAGUUCUACUGCAUCUCACUCUAUUUUCUUGUCAUGUUCAUGGAGGUUUUACCAACUUAAUCAAAGUAGCUGGUGUAAAUAUGUUCUCAAUGGCAUUUGAGCCUCUCACAAGCAAUGUUUGACAUUUUUCACAAUUACCAAUUUAUAUUGAUUUGUUUUGGAGUCGAAGUUGUCUCAAAAUAAUGACCUAUUUUGAGUUAUGUAGCCGACCCCACUUAGUGGGAUAAAGCUUUAUUGUUGUUGUUGACCUAUUUUGAGUUAGCAGAAUAAACCCCUGGCUUGUUCAAGAACUGGAAAGUGUCGAGUUUUUCAACAGACACUAGUUUCCAAUGCGCAUCAAGAAUGAGUUUAGAAGAAAAUUAAUGCAAUAAAUAUUGUAGCUUUGAUCUGUCUUGUGAGUGGGCAAUGGUCGAGUUUGAGUACUGUUAAAUCUUAUAGCUUUUAAUUCAGAGCAUUCUGCAUUAAUCAAAGUGAAGCUUAAGGCUCUGGGAGUUAGAUGAGCGGAGGUAGCAGAAAGCUAUCUUCAAACCGGGAUUCAAGAGAUGAACCUGAAUUUCCACCCGAGAGUGUUACUAAAAGCAAUAGUUCAAGGUAUUUGGAAAGAAAUGAUACGCUAAAACCAAGAAUGAGGUUUUCACGCAAGGAGCCUUUUUCGGGAGUCAGAGGUUCAAAUAAGGAUGACGAAGACUACCAAGUUUUGGAUGCAACAUUUGCAAAAGACACUGAUGGAAGCUACAAUAUGAAAAUGUCUCCAGGGUUUGAGGAAUGGAAAAAUAGGGAACAUAGUCAAUAUGCAAAAAAUGAUUAUGGCAGGUCUAGGAGAAGUAGGAGCCGGAGUCCUCCACAUGGUUUUAGUCAUUCAUCUGUUGAUGAUAGGAACAGAACGAGGGAUGGCAGAUCCGCACAACCUUGUAGAGAUUUUGCUGUUGGGAACUGCAGAAGAGGCAGCCAUUGUCAUUUCCUUCACCAUGAUAAGCAAAGUUAUGAGGAUAGCAGGGAAAGUAGACACAGGCCAGAUGGACGCAGAUAUUCUAAUCCCCGUGAGAAUGGGGAUUAUUCUCUUACAAAUCGAAGAUCUAAUGAAGCUUGCAUUUAUUUUGCAAAGGGAAGGUGUAGAAUGGGAGAAUCAUGCAAGUAUGUGCAUCAUGACAAUUCCGACGGGUUUGAUAAAAUUUUGGCAGAUGAAUCAUCUAGUGAAAGGGAAAUUGAUAGAAGACACAUAGAGCAAUCAUUCAAGCAGGGUGACCAGCAUUAUCCAAACCACAGCAGUAACACUCCUUGCAAAUUUUUUGCUCUUGGGAAUUGUCGGAAUGGUAAAGAUUGUAGGUUUUCUCAUGAUAGGCAAGCAUUUACCAGCCCUGGAUUAAGGGAUGAUAGGUCAAGGAGUAAUCAAGGUGAAGAUCAGGUGUUGAAUAGACCAAAAUUGAGCAAUUCAGUUGCUCCUAAUGGAAGGCUAAGAGAUGAUAGAUGUGGUUCAGAUGGCAGAAUGGCUGAUGUAGAUAAAGUUUGGGAUGGUCCAAUGCAGACUGAUUUAGUUGCUGUCUCCGGCACGGUAAAUUUGGUUGAGGACAACAAAAAUGGAAUCAUAGGCGCCCCAGAACCUGGAUUAAUGGCUUGGCCAAUGAAUGAUGGAUCGGGCCAUAGCUUAGACAGGAACAGAAUGCAUGAUGAAUCACCAUUUUCAAUUGAUAAGAAGGAAGCCAACUGUAGGACGGCAGAAAAUGCAUUUGACAACAUUCUAAAUUCCCAGUCAGUAGGUGGAGGCAUGUGGCCUGGUGAUGAACAGAUGUCUCCUGAUUGGAAUUAUGGUCCGAGAUCUUCCAAUCAUAUUAAAGAUGAGCAUAUGCAGAAUAAGCAGCAAGUUGCUCCAGGACAAGGACUAAAUCAGAAUGCUCAGAAUAUAACUGCCUCCCAUUUGGUUGGACAGAGUCAAGCAACAGUUGCCAUUGUUCCUCCAAGAGCAAGAAUUAUUGAAGGUAUACAGAACCAGAAACUUUCCACUGAGAAAAACUACAUUGUUGAAUCAAAUAUCAUGAAUGCAAGCCAAUCACAAAUCAGUUCUGGAUAUACUCCAACUCAGAACGGAGUCAGCAAAGAACAGCUUGCUCAACUUAGCUGCCUCUCAGCCUCUCUUGCACAUAUCCUCGGAACUGGUCAGCAGCUCCCACAAGUUCAUUCUACUCUAAAGCCUUGUGAUGCAAAGGCCACUCUCUUCGGAAGCAAAAUUGAAGGGUCUGCUAAUCCUGUUUCUAUGACAUUCAUCAAGCCAGAUCCUGCUAUUGGAUUGAAACAGUAUGAUCCAUUGUUUGACAGUAUGGAGCCCAUGAAUAUUAGUGCAAAUGGGGCCCCUCCAACCUUUUCUCCUAGUAUAAAGAUUCCGAAAAAUGCAGUGGAAAUUCCACCACUAUUAUCUAACAUAGGACAGAAUUGCGAUGAUUCUCUUAAAAAGGAGACUAACAAAAUGGUAGCUGAAGAAAAGCCAAUCUCUCAAUCUGAAAAUAACAUUACAGAAGAGAAUAGUCCUAUGGGAGACAUGGACCAAAAUGAUGGACCUGAUGAGGCCAAGAAAACAAAGGACGCGAAGGGGAGUCGUGCAUUUAAAUCUUCAUUGGUAGAGCUUAUCAAGGAGAUUCUGAAACCAACAUGGAAAGAUGGUAAAAUCACCAAAGAAGAUUAUAAAACAAUUGUGAAGAAAGUUACUGAUAAAGUAACUGGUACAGUUCAGCGGGUACAUAUUCCUCAGACACGAGAGAAAAUUGAACGCUAUUUAUCAGUUUCGAAACCAAAGGUUAACAAACUUAUACAGGUCAGUGGUGGUUUUCUUACAGAUUUCCGUCAUAUGUAUGAAGGGUUCAAAAUCUUGUCUCCCAUUUAACUUGGUUUUAUAGAUGAAUGUGAGUAUGCAUGCAGCUUCAGAAACCAUUGAUUUUUCUGGAGGGCAUAAUUUGAUGUGGAAAGAGUUGUAGGAUAGUUGUCCAAAAAUGAGAUUAAAUUUUGUACCUAGGUGUUCAAUUUGUGUUGUAGAUUUUAUAUUUGUAACUAAACUUCAUUAAAUAUACAUUGAUUUCCCAUGGGGUUUACACUAAUUAUAAUGAGACCCUUGAUUUUUUGAAAAAUUACACCUACUAAA